AUGACUCAGGCUGACCUGUCCGCUGGACUUCCAGAGCUCAGCCAGCAGCAGCCCCCCCAGCAGGCCUGGCCCCCCAAAGAGGAGCCGGACCUCCACAGGGACCAGGACCCCCACGGGGAGCAGGACCGGGUGGACGUGGAGGUCCUGGAGCGGGACACGCCCCCAGACACGCCUGACGACCACGUCAUGGACUUCAGCAGGAAGACAGAGGGCGAGGAGGCCGCUCUGUCCCCCCCCCCCUGA